CUGCCUGCCUGUCUACCUGACUGUCUGUGCGGACACCGCAGACAGUCAGUGAGUGAGUGAGCCCGCACACAGCAGAGAGGGCAGCACGGCCAUGAGCACGGCGUUUUCCUGACGGCCUCCACUUCACAUCUGCAGCUCAAAUCUGUGUGAUCUGUCCAUUCAGAGCGGAGGAGGAGGAGGGGAAGCACUGCAGCAGCAGCAGCAGCAGCAGACAUGCCGGGCCUGCUCCACAUCACACUGACUGCUCUUCUGGCCAGCUGCGAUGCCUUCAGAUUGGGUUCGACCCAUAGGGUCAUACCCCUCAGUCCCCCGGUGGCCCGUCUAUUCCAGGACGAAGGCCCAGCCCAGCCACACUUUAUCCAGGAAUUAGUCAGAACCAAACGCCACUCAGCCCACGAGUUAGUGCGAGCUCAACCUAAUUUGGUUCACGACAUGGGCUGGCCAGAGAUACAUGAAACAUCCCGUUCUCAGGCCAAGAUGGACGCCGCCAACUCCUCUCAGUUAAACCCGCCAUCGUCUGCUGGUCAGCAUUUAGCCAGGACCCAUCCAGCUGUGGAUGAAAACCUUGAUGUGGAAGACGAGAUGGAGCGUAUGGUUCAUCUGGCGGUUCCUCAGGACUCCACAGACCCAGAGAAGGAGCUCCGCGGUGGGCUGGGAGCCGGUGAUGCCUCCCUGGAGGCCUCUGGCUUCUACGGUACGGACAUGGAGGACAGAGACAGAGGAGAGGAGGGAGGAGAGGACCGGGAGAGGAGAGGGGGAGAGGACGAGUGGGAGAGAGACACGGGAGAGGACAGAGAGAGGAGAGGGGGAGAUGGCAGAGGAGAGGAAGAAGAGAGGGCAGACGAUCGAGAUGUCCACGUUCUGGAUGCCAACCACACAACUCCAGAUCUGGAUUCUCUGAUUGGCUACAGUCCAUCAUUCCACCCCUCCAGCUCCGACCAGCCGAGCACAUCCCCAGCUGAGGUGCUUGAUUCUGGGCUACAGGAGCAUCAUGCAUCCCCGGUCCUGGAGGUGGGUCCUUUAGAGAGAGAGCUGUGGGAGGCAGAGGCGGAGGAAGAUGGUCACUCCAGUGGCUAUGGAGUCCUCCACUCCUCCAUCACUACAACUAGCACUACAUCUACUGCUGCUGCUACGCCGACUGCUGCUGCUGAUGGAGACGCUGCAGGAACUGCCACCCCUGAGACUGACACAGGCACAGACUUCGGGCUGCUGGGAACUUACACAAAAGAUGAGACAGAGGAUGAAGAGACAGAGAGGCAGGAGGCAGAGGAAGAAACCGGUCUGGCACACAAAGGCGUAUUUACCCAGAAUCCCACUGUGGCAGAGGUUGGCAUGGCUCCCAGCAGAGAGCCCCUUCAGCCCAGCGUGGAGGAGGAGGAGGAGCUGGAAGAGGAAGAACGUGAGUUGGAAGGGGGUCGACUGCAAGACACGAGUGAAGAGGAGGAGGAGGAGGAGAGAUGGAGAAAGAUGGAGGAGGAAGAGGGGAAAAGAAUCAGACACAUCGUCCCGCUCACGACAGAUCCUUCCCCCACCAUCGGCUUCACCGACCCGUCCUGGGAUUGGCUGGACAAGACCACGCCCCUGCAGACCCAGAGGACAGAGGUCAGGGGAGGCGGGGUCACAGAGGUCUUCUUACCGGAGGGUGAUAUCGAUGAGAUGGAGGAGGCACGGCAGGUGGUGUGUGUCGACUGGAGCGAGCUGGCUGGACGUGGAUAUGUCAUCCUCAACAUGACGCAAAACUUGAACUGUGAGGAGUUUCGUGUGGAUCAGGGCAUGCGGCUGUUGAAGAUCAUGGAACGAGUGUUUGCUCGAAUAAUGAACAGCCCUGAGGGAUCAUGGGUACUUUACCUUAGUAAGCCGACACACCAGCAACACCAGCUGCUGAUGAACGUGGCGUCUGAGCACGGAGUGAUAGAGGCAAAGGAAGUGCUGGGCAUGCUGGGAGAGAUCAGGAAGAGUUUGUAUAAGGUGGGCAUUCAGAACUACAGCGCUGCCAGUAGCUGCCAGUCUCGUCCCAGUCAAACACGCAGCGACUACGGCAAGCUGUUUGUGGUGCUGGUCAUCAUCGGCUCCAUCUGCAUGGUCAUCAUCACAUCUGGAUUCAUUUACAUCUGCUGGCAAAGACGACUUCCUGCAACCAAAACUACGUUUCGCGCUGAAGAACUUCACUUUGUGGAGAACGGCUGCCACGACAACCCCAUGCUAGACGUGACCAAUGACAAUCAGCGUGAGUUGCAGGAGAAGAAGCCGACGACCAACGGGCUUGCAGGAGGAGGAGAACGAGGCGGGGAGGAGAGCAGUCGCUGGCAGGUGUUUGUCAAUCAAGCAGCGACCGAGGAGGAGGAAGAAGAGCAGGACACACAUCUCUGAGAGACAGGUUAUUGAUAGACAGAUGAUAAGUGGAGCUUAAAAGGAAGAAGAAGAAGAAGAAGAAAAAGAAGAAGAAGAAGGCAAUAAAGAAAAUGGAAGAUAAAAAAAAGGAGGAAAAGGAGAACAAAGACAGAAGGAGAGAAAAGUAAAGCCUGAGUAAUAUAAAUGUUUUCCAGUCAGGAGGUUAGGAGGAGGUUAGCAGGAGGAGUCACUGAUAUCUUCAUGGAUAUCAGACACUGGGGUUUAUGUCAGCCUCUUUAAAAUUUGAAUUCAUGGAAAGACAAACUUCUCUUAAUCUCGAAAAAUGUCCAACUUUUGAAACAAAGUUGGACCUCUGAUUGGGAAAGCUUCAUGUCCCUACUUGAUGAUAGAUAACAUCAUUUGUUUAGCGUGCCUUAUGCUUUUAGCUUUUUGCACUUUGCCUGCAAGUGGCAAACAAAACAUGAAACUAGUGACAAAAAUCCUUCUAAAAAGCACCUUUUCCCACCAUUAACGUUUGAAUGUAAAGAAGCUCUAAAGUCUUAAGCAGCAACAUUGGGAACAGUUGAUAUUUUAUUUCACAUUAAGCCAAAUUCUGUGACAAAAUGCUCACAGGAAACUUGGAGUGAUGGCAUCCUAAGCAGAGAACAAAGUCACGCUACCUUGUGUGUAUUUUGUAAUCAGAGCUUCUCUGCGGUUUGUUGUGAUAAACCGGUCCGGCUGCACGUGCGUGUUAGUAUAUGUGAACAUGCCACUGGUUAGCUCAUUGCUGCCAAUUUGCACUGCACUCACAGUUACCAGUGUCAUUGCGGAGAGGUAGCAUCCACCAGUUUCCCUUGGUUAACAUGGUUAGCUCUGUUAGCAAUGUUGCUGUUGUUUAGCACUGUUUACUGAGUUACCACUGUUAGCUGCUCACUGCCGGCACAGCCCCCUCCAUGUUGAGAACUGUGUGCAGACAACUCUGAAUUUCAGGUGGAGCCCAAGUAAAUUCAAGAAUAUCCAAAAUUCAUGAAGUUUAAGAAUGUUGCUGUUGUUUAGCACUGCUUAUGGAGUUAACACUGUUAGCUGCUAGCUGCCAGCUGAGCCACCUCCAUGUUGAGAACUGUGUGCAGACAACUCUGAAUUUCACGUGGAGCCCAAGUAAAUUCAAGAAUAUCCAAAAUUCAUGAAGUUUAAGAAUGUUGCUGUUGUUUAGCACUGCUUACGGAGUUAACACUGUUAGCUGCUAGCUGCCAGCUGAGCCACCUCCAUUGUGAGAACUGUGUGCAGACAACUCUGAAUUUCGCAUAGAGCCCAAGUUAAAUCAAGAAUAUCCAAAAUUCAUGAAGUUAAAGAAUGUUGUUUUUGUUUAGCACUGUUGGCUGCUAGCUGUUGGCCCAGCCACCUCCAUAUUGAGAACUACGUGCAGACAACUCUGAAUUUCACAGAGAGCGCAAGUUAAAUCAAGAAUAUCCAAAAUUUAUUAAGUCAAAGAAUGUUGCCAUUGUUUAGCGUCGUUAGCUGCUAGCUGCUGGCUCAGCCACCUUAAUGCUGAGAACCAUGUGCAGGCAACUCUGAAUUUUGACAUAGAGUCAAAGUUAAAUCAAGAAUAACCAAAAUUCAUGAAGUCAAAGAAUGUUGCCAUUGUUUAGCACCAUUAGCUGCUAGCUGCUGGCUCAGCCCCCUCCAUGUUGAGUGCCGUGUACAGACAACUCUGAAUUAUCCAUAGAGAUCAAGUUAAAUCAAGAAUAUCCAAAAUUCAUGAAGUUUAAGAAUGUUGCUGUUGUUUAGCACUGCUUACCAAGUUAGCACUGUUAGCUGCUAGCUGCUGGCUCAGUCACUUGCAUAUUGAGAACUGUGUGCAGACAACUCUGAAUUUCGCGUAGAGCUGAAGUAAAAUCAAGAAUAUAGAAAAUUCAUUAAGUUAAAUCAAGAACUUCCCUUAAAAACAUUAAAACUUAAGAGAUGUUCAGUGGUUUCACCCUGAUGUCUGACUCCUGAGACAACAGCGACUCCUCUUAGCUUCUCCUCACUGAACAGGAAGUACAGCCUGUAGCAACUUUGAAAGUAAGGUUUUGGCACUUUAUCGAUUCCUCUUGGAAAUAGCGACUAUCAUCAUUGAAAUGCUGCAUCAUGUUAAAUGUAUUACAUACAGUGACAGAAAUAUCUCUGUUUUGCUCAUAGGAAUGGUUGUAACCGCCGAGGAUGUUUACUGUUCACUCUACAACCAGUCAUGUGAUUGCUAUAUUUACGUCCUGUUAGCCUAAUAUGCUUUUUUUCUCAAUAGUGUUGGAAUGGCUGCUGUACGCUCCGGGCUAACUCUUGAGGCGAUGACACAUGGGCAACAUCUAGAGGCCAAAAGCCUGAACAAAAAAUAUCUAGUUACAGUGUUGAAGUCUAGUCACCAAACCCCAAGUCCAAGUCGAGCCCAAAGUCUGUGUUGUUUUAAUGUUAAACGUUGAAGUCUGAGUCAUCAAAGGCAUGUCCGAAUCACCAUGGUCAUGUUCGAGUCGCUGUGAUCAAAUCAGUAUAUUCAUCUCUGAAUCACCUCUGCCAUAUCCAAGUCUUUCCAGUCACGCCCAAGUCAACUAAGUUGUCACAAAAGGCACAAAAAAUAAAACAAUAACAUAACACACCAGAUUAUGACAGCAUGUUUGAUUGUCCAGUCCAUGUCUGAAUCAAAACCGUCAUGUCCGAGUCCCAUUUGAGUCACUGUGAUCAUGCCCGAGUCACCUUAUGUCUAAAUGAACAUAGUCAAGUCCAAGUUGGCAUGGUCAUGUUCAAGUCACUACAGUUAUGUCUAAAGUUGUGUUUACGCCCCAGUCACUACAGUCAUGUCAAAGUCACUACAGUCAUGUCUGAAUGAACAUAGUCAAGUCCAAGUCGGCACGGUCAUGUUCAAGUCUCUAGAGUCAUGUCUAAAGUUGUGUUUACGCCCCAGGCACUGUUCAUGUCAAAGUCACUAUGGUUAUGUCCAAGUCCCUACAGUCAUGUCUGAAUGAACAUAGUCAAGUUCAAGUCGGCACGGUCAUGUUCAAGUCUCUAGAGUCAUGUCUAAAGUUGUGUUUACGCCCCAGGCACUACGUUCAUGUCAAAGUCCCUACAGUCAUGUCUGAAUGAACAUAGUCAAGUCCAAGUCGACAUGGUCAUGUUCAAGUCACUAUAGUUAUGUCUAAAGUUGUGUUUACACACCAGGCACGUUGGUCAUGUCUGAGUCCCUAUGGUCAUCUCUGAAUGAACAUAGUCAAGUCCAAGUCAACACAGUCAAGUCACUAUAGUCAUGUCCAAAGUUGUAUUAAUGUCCCAGUCACUAUGGUCAUCUGGAAGCGACUACGGUCAUGUGUGAAUGAACAUAGUCAAGUCGAAGUCAGCAGGGUCAUGUCCAAGUCACUACUGCACACUACGAUCAUGUCUGAGCCUUUCUGGUUAUUCAUAGUCACUGAAAUCAUACGAGUUACUACAAUCAUGUCGGAUCAUAACCAACAUUUGAGGGGACACACCCCAGGUGAAUACGGUAAAAUUUUAAAAUGAUCAAUAUCACCAUGAAACUUCCCCAGCUGAUUACUUACAGUAAGACAAAUGUUUUUCAAAUUACAAGUUUUCUGAAAUUGUAUAUUUAAUUAUGCAAAUGUAUCAUCUAAUUAAAAUGAGCUGAUUUGCGUACAUUUCCGAACAAUAAUCUAAACACUUUCUUUUCGUCCUCAUAUUACAGGUAAACUAAUUUACAUAGGGAAUUUUGGAUAUCUCUUUUUAUUACUCUGUAAAUCAAAAAGUACUGCUGACAGCCAUAAAAAUAUAUAUUUAUUAUAUAUUUCUGCCAUGUUUUUAGCAAUAAAAUGCUCUAUAAAUGAGGCUAUGAUUAUAUAUUAAUGAACCCCUCUUUAAUAUAGAGAGGAAUAAAACUGUGUUAUUGAAGUGGACAUUUUUGGCUCAGAGUAUGAGAAAAAACUAAACAUAUGUAUUGGAGAAGUUCGUACAUUUUUAGACAACAAAGGAAUAAACUAGGGUAAAGAUUUUCACGACUAAAUAUCUGCGGAAAGCUUCCUCAGUUGAUUAUUUAUAUUUGGGACAAUUAUUUUUGUAUUCCAAUUUUUUCCUGAAAUUUUACGUGAAUAUGCAAAUUAUGCAUCUAAUUAAAACUUUUUUACAUACGUUUCCAGAGCAUAAAUCUGAAGAUGUGUUCUUUGGAUGUUUUCCUUUCACUAUUCUGAAAGAAGACUAGAAGAAGAAGAGGAAGCAAAAUAGCCCCAAAUCUCGAAAUUGACCAGUGCAUUAAAAACUGUUUUUACCUGGGGUGUCUGGCCUUCAAUGGGACUCAUACUGGACUUGAAAAGUUCAGGGGCACCAGUAAUAAAACAUUGGCUAGUUACCAAACAGCACACACAGUAAUAUCACACAUCAGAUGGGCAGACAUCAUUUGAAAUAUUUCUGUCUGGUUCUCCGUAAGACGACUCGAGUCACUGUUCAGUUAACUGGAAUGGAGAUGGAGAAUUAGUUGCAGCUAUUCAACAUUGUUUUUUGUGUACUUUUAUUCAGAUUGAUUUUUUUAAUGAUGAUUUUGUUCCUGCAGUUGUCGGUCUCCAUUCCUGUUACAGGUAGUAUUGCCCAUCUGCAUUUCAUCAAGAUGUUGCCUGUGUUUCGGCUCUUUUACUCUGACUUUUUCUCGAUGUAACAAUACUGUAUAUGGCUUCACUAUAAACUACGCUGAUUGAUAUGCACUUUGUCAGCUAAGCAGGAUUCAUGGAGCAUUCAGGACAUAAAGGAGCUCACGAGCGUCCAUCCUGAAUGACUCCCCGCGAUGUAGAUUAUCUGUUUCUAAGAGCACACGAUGCCGGCAGGACAACAGUCCUCUUGUCCUCCACUGGACGACAGAAUAGACGAGCAUGUAGCUUUCAGCACUGCAGCGAGCACCAAUAUAAGAAAACAUACAGCUUCUGUUGCUUUUAUUUGCUGAAACCCUGAAUGGGAAAGUUUGGUGGAGACGAAUUUUGUUGCUUUUCGACUGAACGCUUUACAGAUUCUGAUCAUUUAAAUUCUCACCGAUGUUUUUUCUUCUCAGAAUCUGAUAGCAGCCUCAUGUGUGUUUGCAUUUGUUAGCGGUGCUAGUGCAAGUCGAUAGGCAUUCAGUUGUAGCAAAAAACAAGUGACCCUUUGUCUGUAUAAAAAUAACAAAGUGAGACUCCUGGUAAGAUUUUUAACCAGGUAAACGUUUUGUUAAAUUUUUAUUCAUCCAUCCCAGGUAUUUUAUUUCUGUUAAUUUAUUUUACACUUUUUUUGUAUGUCUAUUUAUAUGCAUUUUUAUCAUGUACUGUCUUACUCUUUUGUUUGUCUGUGUAAUAAGUUAAA